UUGCAAUACAUUUAUGCUAUUUAAUAACUUGAUUUUACUGAGAAAAUCGAAUUUGUGAUAGGAAUGAAAAGUAUACAUCGUCUGUGUAGGGGAAGCGCUGUCGCCAAAUUUAGUGGACGCUUAUUGAACUUUUCGGCGGUAAUUUUGACUAGGAUGAACGCUCACGGUACACAAACUCGAGGCAGUUUAAUCGUUAUUGAAGGCUGUGACAGGAGUGGAAAGACUACACAAUGCAGCCUACUUCAAGAAAACCUAACUAGUAGUGGAUACAGUGUAAAACUCAUGAAAUUUCCAGAUCGUACCACUGUUAUUGGUCAGAUGAUCAAUGAUUACCUGGCAUGUAAACAAGACGUUGAUGACCACGCAGUGCAUCUACUGUUCUCAGCUAAUAGAUGGGAACGUGUGUCAAUGAUGUUAAAAUUACUGGAGCAAGGGACAAGCCUGAUUGUGGACAGAUAUGCAUAUUCAGGUGUCUGCUACACCGCUGCAAAAAGGGGAUUUGACAUGUCGUGGUGCAAACAGCCCGAUAUCGGCCUGCCCAGACCCGACACCAUUGUAUAUCUGACACUGAGCAGUGAGGCGGCGGCUAAACGUGGGAAUUAUGGUGAAGAACGCUACGAACAGACAGACUUCCAGAAGAAGGUCGCAGACAACUUUGCGGCUCUUACAGAAGACUCUUGGAAGGUAAUAGAUGCAGACAAGUCCAUUGAAAACUUACAGGCGGAAUUGUUGGACAUUUGUAAAGAGACGAUUAAACGGAGCAGUGAUCAACCUUUAUAUAAACUGUGGACAGAUGGAACGUACUAGCAUUCACAAUAAUAAUGAUAAUUUAUUUAAUUUUACGUGAUGACAUAUUGAACAUUUUCAUGAGAAAAAUCCCUAUAUCUGCCUCACUAGACUGACAUGGGACUACUUUUUUAAUUUCAAAUAAAUAUUAAAUAUAAUUUUGAUGCCUGUCAUGUCACUGUUCAUUUUGUAAAUAAUUAAAAAGAAGUAACCCGCCAGAGAUUGGAUCUGCUCAUCUUGGUACAAAUGUAUUUUUGAAGUAAAGACUUUUUUAUGCUCUCCCCCCCCCCCCCCCCACCCCUUUGAAGAAGAGGGGGUAUAUUGUUUUGCUGGAUGUCAGUCUGUCGGUAGACCAGUUCGUUUCCGAUCAAUAUAUUGUGAAUGGAUUGACCAAUUUGCUUGAUACUUCCCAUGUGCAUUGGCCUUUGACAGAUGACCCCUAUUGAAAUCAUGGUCAUUAGGUCAAAGGGUAAGGUCACUGUUGCACUAAGAGUGAAAUUGUGUCCGAUCAAUAACUUGUGAACGGAGGGACUGAUUGGCUUGAUACUUCCCAUGUGCAAUGGCGUUGGACAGUAGAUGGCCCCUAUUGAAAUUGGGGUCACUAGGUCAAAGGUCACACUAAGUGUGAAAUCGUUUCUGAUCAAUACCUCGUCAACGGAUUCACCGAUUGGCUUGAUACUUCCCAUCUGCAUUGGCCUUUGACAGUAGAUGACCACUGGUGAAAUAGGGUUAACUAGGUCAUGGUCACUUUCACACUAAAAGUGAAAAUCGUUUCAGAUCAAUAAUUCAUCAACAAAUUGACCAAUAGGCGUGAUACUUUCCAUGUGCAUAGGCCUUGGAGAGUAGAUGAUACCUAUUGAAAUUGGGGUCACUAGGUCAAAGACCUGUUUAUGGGAGCAUAUGUCACUGACCACGGAGCUGUUGUUUAAUUGAUUCGAUUCUCAGCGUUUAAGAGAACCUGUUCACAUUCCUGGGAUCAAGUUAUGUAGGAGUUGGCUUUCUUGAUGAAACUUAUCGAGAACGAGGCUAACAAUAUUGACAUUGGGACUGCCUAAAGAUGUUUGGUUGGUUGAUAAAACUGAAAAUAAAAUGAUAACGUUUUGUUUAAAGUCACUAUCACGCUCACCAAUACAUACGGCUACUUUAUUAUGCUAUAUAAAAACAUUCGACAACAAGUAGUACCAUAAGAUGGUUAAUUACAAUAGGAAGACCCUAAAAACAAGUAACAUUGAUGUAAAAACGUUAUAUUACAAGCAUUCGGCAAGUUUUAAGCAUCUAAAUAUCGUUCCACGAUGUAAUCUACUUGCUUUCGAGUCAGGAUCGGAUUCAUUCGGGUUGCGUUCAUUUGCAUAAUUUAUACAAGCCAUUUUCUCAUUUUCUAAGUUCCAGUUGCCCAGAAUUCAUUUUGAUUUCACAGAAUGAUUAUUCAUGAGAGCUACGUCAUGCUUCCGACGCUUACCGUAUCCAAUCUCGUGUUCGCCCGUAAAUGUUAGGAUAUUUCAUGGGAGAUAUAAAUGGAAUUAUUUGUGGCCACAAAAAAAUAAAGGCAAGCAUUUUGUAUCUCGUUAAAUCAAUUCUACCAGACAACAUCUAACGUUGAAAUUUUGCAUUUUGCUAAAAGGAACAUUGAUUUUUUUAUGGGUUAGCUUUAUUUAACGAAAUAUUCGAUAUUUUUUAGCGUGAUUGUUACUUUAAUUUGUUGUUAGACGUUCCAAAUAUAAAGUAACUAAAUUUUGUAUGUUUCAGUAUGUGUCUGAUUCUGUAUGUUUAAUACAAAACUUGUUUUAAUUAUCACAACAUGGCCACUGUAAUAACGUAACUUUGAUGGCUAUCAUAUUUUUGUUAAUUGAAAAAACAAUAAUCAGAGAACAAUUGUAUAAUUUUCAAAGUAAAUAGAUCAAUAAUUAUUUCAUGGAAGUUCUGAUAAUGAGAGACAAAAGCAAUUUGAAGGUAAUUUGGGUACUAGGGGUGAGGUAAUUUCUGACAAUAACAAUAAUCUUUAUAACAUGGAUGUCAUUGUCUAUGAAAUUGUAUGUGAUACAAACAUAUAUUGUAGAUGUGUUUUAUCUGAUUUUUAAAUUGCUGCAGAAUAAUUUUCUUUUAUAAUAGUUCCACAUAGUAUGUGUUAUCAAAAUAUGUGAAAUCCAGGCAUUUUAUUAGUAAGUACGUAUUGAGCAGUAAAAGUGUAUCCCUGAAUGAUUGAAUACUAAUGAUACUAUCUUCUUCAACUAAUUUUAUAUUCAUUUUCACAUUUUCUUAGUAAGCUUAUUUACAUGAAAUGUGUUCCUUGUUGAAAUUUUAUUUUGUUGCAGGAAAAAAGCAUCAAUUAUAAACUAUGUUAAUGAACAUUUUGUUGUGUUAUAUCAAUAGCUAAAGGAUAUUGUGUAGAUUUCAUUGCUUUACAGAGGAUUGUUUUCAGAUCUGAUUUGUUUACGUGGUAUUUACUAUAUUGUUUUUGCUACAGUGUGGGUAGCAUUCAGUAAACUUGUUAAUGUCACAAACUUGGAUGAUACACAAAAUGACAAUGCAGCAAACACUUUAAUAAGUCAAUGAUCUGCAUCAAUUAUCUUUGUUAACUGAGAGAAUCGAAAGGCGUGAAACUAACUUUUUAUUGAUAUAUCACAAGAUUACUAUGAUGUGGAGGAAAUAACAGGUACAUUUAAAGCCCCAUUACAACUCGAAAUCAACGAAAAUUUCGUACAAUAUUUCGUAAAAUUAAGUUAAAAAAAUAAAAAUCAGUGUUCCAUAUGGCAAUUGCCGAAAUUUCAACGCCAGAUGUGAUCUGGUAAAAUAGAUGUUUGUAGAUAUAAAAUGCUCGUUUUUAUUAUUGUUUUGCAUAUUUAAUUCCACUUUAAGUUUCACAACGAUAUCUAUUCAUACGACACAUAAACACUAACAUGGUACCAUUUUAGUGUUCGUGUGUCGUAUGAAUAGAUAUACUCGCGGGAAAUUAAAAUGGAAUUGUGUCACGAAUAAAUAAAAACAAGCAUUUUGUAUCUACAAAAAUCUAUGUAAUCAUACCACAUCUAGCGUUGAAAUUGUAGCUAUUGAUAUAAGGAACACUGAUCUCUUAUAUUUAUUUACUUUAUGAACCAUACUUAAAUGUUUGCUUUUCAAGUAUCCAAAUUUCAUGAAGUCCUCCUUCUAUUACGUAAUCCCUAUGUGCCAUAAAACUAGGACCCAACUAAACAUAAUCUGGUCACAAAGUGCCUGAUUUAGUGAGAAUGUGCUCAAACAACAUUAUAAUCUUAGAAUUUACUAGACAAUGUUUGGCUGAAAUACGUCGACUGCAAGUCUCUUUUCAAGAAACUUUUCGAACUUGCUUUGUUCCUAAGAGACACUUAAAUAAAUUAAUGACAAUUAUAUUUUAUUUAUAAAUUUGAGUCAAAAAGUCAAUUUGGUGAUUAUUGAUAAAUAACGUAAAUGUUUAUAGACAUAAGUUACCACACCGCGAGCCUCAUAUGGGAAUAAUCGAUAAAUUAUUGUGUUGUGAUAAUUGCAACAUUUUGAAACAUGAAACUACUCUUAUAUAUGCCAUUGUGUUACCCAGACUUCCUUUUCAACAAUAAACACUUAUUCACCAUAAA